CAGGAAACUGAACGACAGCUACAUCAGAGAGAACGGCAUCCGUAUGCUGCCGGAGUACGCUGAUCCAUAUCACAACAGACCUCUCACUGCCGGUGAAAUAGGGUGUUUCAUGAGCCACUACAACAUCUGGAAGGACAUGAUCGAGAAUCAGCACCGCAUUGCCCUGAUCUUCGAGGAUGACAUCCGGUUCGAGCCCUAUUUCCGGACAAAAAUAGGGGAGCUUCUGACCGAAGUUCGCCACCUCGACUGGGAUCUCAUUUACCUUGGCCGCAAGCGCCUCUCGGGCUCCAAGGAACCUCUGGUGACUGGCUCGUCCCGGCUUGUCCACGUAGACUACUCCUACUGGACCCUGUGCUACGCCCUGACACUGGCUGGCGCCCGCAAGCUCGUCGACGCGGAUCCCUUACCCCGUAUGGUACCCGUCGACGAGUAUCUCCCCAUCAUGUUCGACAAGCAUCCAGAGAAAGUCUGGGCUGCGCAUUUUCCACGGCGAGACCUGAAGGCCUUCUCCGUGCAUCCCCUGUUUGUGCACCCAACGCACUACACUGGCGAGGAGCACUACAUCAGCGACACCGAGGACUCGGUCGUGGUGGACACGCUGAACACUACCGACUCCGACUACGGAGCGGCCAGUGUCCUGGCUCCCGCCGACGUAGCCAGCGAGCCCGAGACUAGCAGGGACGAGCUCUGAUAGAGCGUGCCCGCGCCUAUGGUUGCCGUCAAGGCUCAGCCUAUACUUGAUCCGCGUCCGCGCGAGACAAUAAUUGAUAUUUAAGGGGCUAUAAUCGUUUCACUGUUACCGUUCUGCCGCUAACGUUUUACCGCGAAGCUGGCAUUGCGCCUGAUACCAGCUUCGCGCGUGUUAUGUAUAUCUACACCUUGCUGCAUGCACGCAGGCGGCACCUGGUCAGGAAGGUUAAUGUAGCGGUAGAGUGGUAAGGAUUUUCCUACGAAGCAUUGUGCUAAAAAGCUGUCGGGUCCAUGGGCGCUGUGACAGCGUUUGUCUAUGCGCAACCACACGGACAGCGCGAAUGCGGCCGGAUUCACUCGUAACAAGUGGCUCAAAGCGAGCGCACUAUUGGGUGCUGGUCGUACUCGUAGCGAUUUUCUCCAAUUCUGACGAGUUGGAGACCUAACUGGCGAGGGGAAGGGUAUUUCAAUUUGAGGACGGCUGACAUGGGUUAUUUUCGAAGAGCUGGACAUUACGGAAAGCAGGUGUUUAACACUAAGACAGGAAACUUAGCUAGCGUCAUUGUCGUAUUCGGAUUAUGAGAGCGAUACUGCACUGAUCUAACAUGAACAAUUAUCGCUGCCAUUGAAACUUAUGAAAAACACAAGUGCAGCAUGCGCGUCGUCUUAAGGCGAAGUGCCACAGUGUGAUCGAAACAAACGCUUCGACCGUUAGCGUGUUAGGAUUGUUUCUUUCGAUGCUGUGUAGCGUACGUGCAUCGUUUCUCACGCGUUUAAUCUUCACUGCAACAGAACAGGGCAUACCGUAUGAUUUAACACGUUGUCAUUAUCUAACGGUUUUUUUUUUUUUUUUUUGCAGUCUCGGUUUUCAAGAGUUUUCAGGCAAAGGGCAGCAGUGAAGGUGUGUAGGCGCAUCGCAAACUGUUGCUGUUUCUUUUUAAUAAUCUUUCUUUUUAACGAACAGUGGCGCAAUAAUAGCGUAAUCUCUGCAUCGACGUUUAUCUAUGACGCGUACACGCGAUAUUUCAUUGCUUACAUGCGUACUUUCGUGGAAAAUAAGUCGCCCUUCAUAAGCGUAGAAUUAACAAAUGGACUAAUCCGUAAGCAGCUGUCUAUAUAGGCUAAAAGUAUAGCAAAAAAUGGUUUUGCUGCUGAAAAAUGAAUAUGUAAAUUUUAACGACGAAAACUCCUCGCUUUUUAUUUAGCCUCUCGCCGCUUGAUUUUGUCUACCGGGUGGUACUACACAGAGGGGUCGCCAGAAGUAGGCUGAUCUCUUUGCGAACUGAGGCCCCUCGCUUCCGUUAAACUUCUUCAAGGGAGCCGUCAGACCAUAGUCUCCUAUCUCGCUGAUGAGUAUUUGAUGGAGUGCGUUUAUAACGCCUGUCGAAAAGGUGUCAGGCGGCGAUGCGGCUUUAAUGGCGACAGGUUCAUGUAUCCUGCAGCAAACCGUCACAUGAAAAAAACAAAAUUGGCUUUGGGAGUCAAUUUAGAGCGCGUUCUGCUUUUGACAGGCUAUCUAUUAUAACUUGAAGACUUGGCGGGCGCUGAAACAUAGGCUGGUGGAUAAAGUAUAAUGAAGUUUUACAUGCUGCUUCUAGCAUCUCGCUCUCUCGUUAAGUUUCUGUAAUGAAUGUUCAGCGGUGAGAAACUAUCUCAUCUCAUAUCUAAUCUGCAC